AUGUAUGAUAAUACUUCCCUGUCCUACUUCUAUUUUAGAAACAUGAAAUGCAAUGUAGAAAACAUAAGAAAUAAGAAUAUGCAAAAAGGAACAACUGCCAAUACACAAAUGAACAAGUACACCAAUUUGUUUUACACAACCGAUCAAUUUUAUCAUAUAUUCGAAUGCAAGUUAAAGAACAUACAUAUGGAACAAGUAAAAAUGACGAAAAUUUAUCAGUAUGAUUUCUUCUUAAAUAAAUCCUUUUAUUUCCUAUAUAUGAAAUAUUUAGAAAAUGUCAAAUCAUCCCUGUGCGAUAAAAAUAUCAAAAACGUCGCAAACAUGUGUGAACAAAUUAAAUCGUGCAAACCCUGCACUGUGCAGUCAUACUAUAAAGUGCAAAGCGCAACCAAUGUCCAAUAUACUAGUGACCCUCCCACCAACUACUUUCAAUUGGUGGACCUCUACUGCGAUAGCGAUAUUCAUAAGAACUGCAUGAAAGGCAAUAUAAACUACUUCAUCAGUAAGAUGGACUACUACAGGGGCGAAGACAUCCUGAUGAAAGGCUAUUACACCGCAGAUGACACCAAACUGUAUGAUAUACUUUUCCUUUCCAGUGGCCGUAAAGGGGGAUUGGAGAAAGAGGAGGACGAGGACAAAAUUUUGGCCGAUCUAAACAGCAAUACUUACAACGACAGGGUGUACAACGGAAGGAUCUAUCAUAAGAAACUCUGCAAAAAUGAAGACCAACACAACAAACUCUACCCAGGGGCACUAGGAUUAGCGCAAAAGAUCAACAGAAGAACAACGAGGAAUAAAAGCGCUGAAAGAGGAAAAUCCUUCCGGGAAUGUCAAGUUCAUUACAAUAGUGGGCAUGACUUUGCCAGCGGUAACGACAAUCCUAGGGGGUAUGACAACAAUUACAACUUUGGUAAUAAUAACUGCGGCGACGUGAACAACAGCAACAACGGUAGCAAACGAAAAAACUGUUACAGCCAUUUCGACAAUACUGACGACGAUGACGACAUGUACCUUUGCAACGAGAACAGAAACGGCACCAGAAAGGGGAGAAGAACAUCGCAGCAUACAAAGAGUGUCAAAAGUCAAGGAAAUGCAAUGCAUAAUACUAUAACAAAAAGGAACUCCAUUAUGAAUACCAAGAAAGGUGACAACUUUUAUGAAGAUGAGGACCAGGAGGGAGACGAAGACAAACAGAAAAUGCUACUAAACCAAGCCAGUAGCUACAAAAAAGUUAGUAAUGAAACAAAUAAAAUGAGAAAUAUGUCCAACGGAAAAGGAAAAAAUAAAGGAGUGCAAAAUGGAGCAAUCAAGAAAACUGGCAGGGCAAUCAACGAACAGAUGCAUAAGAUGAGUCUUAAAAACUCGAGCAAAGGUGUUACCAAAGGAGGCACCAGAGGAAUCAACAAAGGCAAAAACAAAGAGCAACAUAACAUGAACUAUUUAAAAAAUAAAAAAUUUUCAUCAACGAAUAAAAGCAUAGAUAGCUUACUUACGAAAGAGAGAAAAUAUAUUGUGUGUUACAACUAUUUGGCGAAGAUCCAGGUGAAGGUGUUCAGUGCUGAUAUAUAUGGCUCCAUGACGGCUCAGAAAAAAUCAAUUGCAUUUUUACAGCAAGUUAGGAGAGAACUGCAAACUGAGGGUAAAAUUCUAUACAGUGAUAAUGAUAGCAAAACCGCAUAUGACAUAACUACGUCGCUAAUGGAGUCGGCGCCCUUAAAUCCAUAUGAUCAGGACAGUUUUGCACAGAAUAAUAAUAUCCAGUGCGUAGAUCACCUAUCUCAGGAGAGCAACUCGGUGGGCACAAACGGGAGGGGGAACAAAAGCAAAAUAGGAGAAGACGCAUUGGAAGAAGUGUUUGAAAUUGCUGUAGCGCCGCAGGCAGUGGAUCUCGAAUGGAAGACCCAAUUCUCGCAGGAACAGACAAAGCAGGAGAUCACAGAACAGCAAGCGUACCAGAAGAGCGACAACGAAGCGCAGAAAUGUCCCUUGGGGGAGACAACCAUUGGAAAGGACAAAGAAAAUGAGCUGAGUUCACAAAUGAACGCUCAAACAAGUGACGAAAGUGCACCUGCUAACAACUACCAAAACACGAACCUAAGCGACUCCGCGGAUUACCAAAGCAUUAACAGUUUUUACGAAAAUGAAGACAAUAAUGAAAACGUAUCGAUGUGCCGAAUGCACAAUUUUGAACAUAAUAUGGUUAACCCUAAUGACCCCAUUAUUUCCGAAAGUUUAAUGAGGACAUAUUCACUCAAUGAGAAACUUCAUAGCGCACUAGACACGCAGAAUAAGGACUGCAGCACCAAGGAUGAGGAAUAUGAAAAAGGAAUUUUUGGUGAACCCAUUAAAAAGAACCCAAACGAAUGUAACUCGUCAUUAAAUGAAUACAUAAACAACACGACAGGGGAAGAAGGUAAAUAUUUUGACCCUAACAGCAGGGUGAAUUCUGUGAACAAAGCACCUUCGAUAAGUUGCACAAACAGGUAUGGUGACUCAAUGGAGGAUGACAUAAGCACUGUGUUAAGUAACAAAAGGGAGCACCUGAACAGUACCAUAAGGAGCAAAAGCGAAGACGAAAAGAGUAAUGAACCUGCUCAGAUAAAUCAAAACGAAAAGUUGAGCCCACACUUGGGGACAAACGAAACCCAACAUACCAGUAACAUCGAUAUUACGAAAUAUAUCAACUUAAGUAGCGAUAAAAGGAUUCCCAUAGAAGAUCCCCAAAAGGGAAAAAUAAACACAGUCAAUUGCUUCGACAAAUUAAGUUUGGAACAGAAAGUAGUCAAGGGAUACUUAACUCUAAGAAAAGAAAAAAACAUUACACCAAAUGUAAAAAGGGUGUACUCCUUACACGAUUUAUACAAUAAAAUUAUUAAUGAAUGCGAUUACGAAGAUUUCUUAUCACAGAAUAGUGCACAGAAUAUACUCAAUAAUAGCAAGCGUGAGCCAAAUUGUGGUUCUAAUGAUGAUCCAAAUGAUAACCUCAUGGACGAUCAUGAUGACGAUGCAAAUGACGACCCACUGGACGACUUUUUCCCCUACAAGAAACGCAUAAUAAUGAAAAGUGCCAAAACAGAACGAACGAACAGGAACCGUAUACCAAGAACAGGGCUUAACCAAGACAGACUAGCCAAUAACGGAGCGGUCACUAAAAGCGAAUGUCAUGAUGCGGCCAGUUUUCCAAAGGAAAAGGAGGCAAAGGAGGAAACUGGAAGCGCAAUUGGAAGCGACCCACGCGAAGACGCCAACAUGGAAAUAUUUUUUAAAAGUGCAGAAACGCUUAGCAGCCGUAACCGUGCGUGCUCUCCGCGCAAUUUCAAAAAUGACUGCAGCGGACUAGUUAAGUAUAACACUGCAAAAGGCGUAGUCAAAAUACCCAAAAUAUGCGUCCACAAAUUGGCUAGGAAAAAAGGGUUCACCAAAUUGACAUGUAUUAUUUAUAGAGGAAAGGGAGAAUUUGUUUCUUAUUUCCUAGAACGAAACAACAAAAAAAUUAAUGACACAAAUGCAGUGCAAAAUGAAAAUAAGCAGUACAAGAAUACUGAACCGAAUAUGCCCUUUAAGAGUAACGGAAAAAAUGACUGUGCUAAUUUAAACACCUACCUGUGUAGCACUGGUGAGAAUGCAGCUAAAGAAGAGGCUAAACUAUCGAACAGGACAUAUUAUUUCAGAGAAAAACAAAGCAACCUCUAA